AUGCGGGAAGACCUCCCUGUAUCGGAGAUAAUUUCUUUUGCUCCUGCUAUAGAAGUUGAGGAGCCACCAGAUCUGCUCUCAGUGAGAUCCGCUAGUAAUCCAAGAGCAAAUAUUUCAAUCGACGAUGCCUUUUUCGUAUCCGGAAUUCAAGGGCUGGACAUUUGCUCUGAAAAUUUCAUCUGCGCUGGGGACUUUUUUCGACCUCUAUCGUCUGAGCUACCAGAUUUGCCAGCACUCGAAAGUUUCCGUCUCUUAUCACAAAUCAAUUUGAAAGAAAUGGGCGGUGGACAGUUCCGAUUUGGAUUCAAUUGCAAUUUUGAGUCUAUUCAAGAGGAGUAUCAAGUCGAGCUGACAAUUCUAGAGACAGAUUCAAGCCCAUGGCAGAAUAAACCAAUCAUAACUGGAACAAACGAAACGAGAAUUUAUGAAGGGCAAAGAGGAGACAUCGCCGUGGUCAAAAUCGACUCCUAUGAUUUCUUAAAAGAAAGUAUGAUUCUUGAUCUUCGAACGAUCCCUGAAGAUGUUAGAAAUUUUAUAGACGUCGAUCUUCAGCCAAAUUUCCUUCUUCCAUAUGCUCGACCCGGGGCGGUUAAAUUCAGUCAAAAUGCCAGAAUCACUGUCAAUUCUCCGCUUAACCCGAAUGAUUUUGGCGGGCAAUUUGAAAUCGUUCUUCAAGCAAAAAGUUGGAUUGAUAACGAAACUUUUGGAAUCUGGUCGGACAAUUUUACGAUGACGGUCGUUGUCGAAGACCUUGACAACUUGCCACCGGUGUUUUUGGACGAAAGAAAUCAAGUCGAUAUUUCUGUAGGAGAAUUUGAUGAGAGUUUUGUGCUUUUUAAUGCUUCAGCGAUCGAUGGAGAUCGAGAAAUUGACACGCCAAUCAAUGUGACGAUCUUAGAAGGACCGUUGAAGGAUCUGCUCAUUUUGGAAAACAAUCAAAUUCGGCUGAGAGAAGAAAUCACCGACUCAGACCUUCUUCGAUUACCGGAAUUUUCAAUCCUACAACUCGAAGCUCAGCAACUCGACAAUCCAGAAAAGAAAACAACGAAGACUCUUCUAAUCAAAAUUUCCAAAAACUUCGAGUCCCAAUUAACAUCAGAUGAAUGCUCCUGCGAAACAGUCGAAAACUCGUCGUUCUCUUCCUUGAUUUCUCCGGUGCAAAACCAGCGUUUUCUCUGCUCACUUUUCUUUGAAGAAGCAUAUGUUUUUUCCGUGGAGAGAUUUUGCAGCGAUUUUAAAGAAGAACUAACGAAUCUAGAAAAAGCUCUGAUUGCAUGUCUUUGCUUAUUGAUUCCUUUGUCGAUGAUAAGUCUUAUUCAAAAAAUCGCACCGAAAAUGAAAAACUGCAAAAAUGAUGCUUCAAAGAAAAUCGAAGAACAUGAACAAAUCGAGGUGAAGGAUUUUCCUGAACUCAAAGAAAAACCAGCAAAAGUUCAUGCAAACGUGGAAAAAAGGAAGAGUAUGAAUCCAUUGGUCGAUUCAGACCGAACUCAUCACAAAAUCAAUUCCUCCACAAUCCUUUACGGUCAAAUCAUCAAGUCCGGUUCAAUCAAAUCUAUUCAAAAAGUCGCGCUCGCAGGCGAAACCUCAUUUGGCGAUGAUAUUGGCCCUUCAUUUGACAAAAUCGUGAAGAAGUCGAAAAUUGAAAAACUCCUUGGUCAAGAAUGUAUUCAUUUGUCCGCGUUUAUCAAUUUGCUCAAUUUGAAGAACCUUACUCACGAGAAUAUUUUAAAAUAUCACGGCUCAUUUUUGGAAAACAACGAAAACGGCGAUGAUUUUUCAGUAGGAAUUGUUUGGGAUUUAGCUGAUCAGGGCUCGCUGGAAGAACUGUUUUCAUUUUAUCGACAGAAUCACUGGAAACGAUUGACGGACUUGACCGAAGCUCGAUUUCAAAACUGGAUCAGAAAUAUUAUUGCAGCUCUUCAGUAUUUUCACGAAAACGACGUGAUACUCGGCCGAUUAUCCUGCAAAAACAUACUCAUUGAUGCGAAUAUGAAUGCGAAAAUCGAAAUUUUACCGUCAACGAGCAUGGGAGACUUGCACGAAGUUCGGUGGUGGUCGAUUGAGCGAUUUGAAGGGCAAUUGAGCUCGUUUAGUUCAGACAUCUGGAUGCUCGGCGUCACCAUUUGGCAGAUCAUGAAUUCAGGCGCCACGCCAUAUGGACACUUGUCCGGCCCGUCGCUCAAAGAAGAACUCUUCAGUUUACUCAAAGUUGACAGGCUCUCCAUGACUCGAUCCAUUCCAGAGCCACUUUACGGAGUCCUGAGUAACACAUGGAAGCGCGACGCGGAAUUACGACCGGAUAUCGCGCAGAUUAAAAUUGACACCGACGACAUCUUCUCGAAAGGUCCUUUGAAACCCGUCACCAAAAGAAAAUUGACUCCCAUCGUUACUGAGAAGUUUUGA